ACUGCGCGGCGGGGGCGGCGGGCGGGGCCGGAUGCAGGCGCUGCGGCGGGCGCUGUGGCCGGGCUGCGAGCGGCGCAGGAUGAAGGUGCUGGUGGCGGCGGCGGCGCUGGGCGCUGCCUUUCUGCUCCUGCUGCCCGCCGCGUCGCGGGCCGACGAGCGCAAGAAGGGGCCCAAGGUCACCGCCAAGGUGUUCUUCGACCUGCGGAUCGGUGAGGAGGAUGUGGGCCGUGUCACCAUCGGGCUCUUUGGCAAGACAGUGCCCAAGACAGUGGAGAACUUCAUGGCCUUGGCCACCGGAGAGAAAGGAUUUGGCUUCAAGAACAGCAAAUUCCACCGUGUGAUCAAGGACUUCAUGAUCCAGGGAGGAGACUUCACUCGUGGUGAUGGCACUGGAGGCAAGAGCAUCUACGGGGAGCGCUUCCCCGACGAGAACUUCAAGCUGAAGCACUACGGCCCCGGCUGGGUCAGCAUGGCCAACGCCGGCAAGGACACCAACGGCUCCCAGUUCUUCAUCACCACGGUGAAGACGCCGUGGCUGGAUGGCAAGCACGUGGUGUUCGGCAAAGUGCUGGAGGGCAUGGAUGUGGUGAGGAAGGUGGAGAACACGAAGACAGACAGCAGGGACAAGCCCCUGAAGGACGUCACCAUCACCGACUGUGGCACCAUCGAGGUGGAGAAGCCAUUCGCCAUCGCCAAAGAGUGACCCGCCUGGGGCUUGGCACUGCGUGCCUGGGGCUGCCCUGCUGCCCCUCACAGCAUUCCCCUGGCAGCCCGGGGUGGGGGAGCUGCAGCAGAGCCACCCUGCCCCACGACCAACCUGCUGUCAGCUGGGCAGCGGCAGGACGGGGCCUGGCAGUGCUGCCUCUGCCUUUUGUAAGAAGCACAGGCACCAAUAAAGGAGACCAAUGCCUUUUGUAAA